GAAGCAAGACAAGAGAGAGAAGUCAUGAAAGACGGGGAGAGAAUGAAAGGAGGUUCAAAAGAGCAGAAGAUAAAAAAAUGGUUUACUCGUAAAUGGACGGCCAACGCUGGGGCCUCUUAUCCUAAGCAAGAUCCUGAGCGUGGCGGCAGUCACAUGAUCUCCACGGAUGACUUGGAGUAUCCACGGGAGUACAGGACGCUGGGAAACAGCGGCCGGCGCUUCUCCAAUGUCGGCUUGGUGCACACAUCGGAGCACCGCCACACCGUCAGUGCCGCACAGAGCCUGGAGGCCCUGACCAACCUGCACAAGGCUGACAUGGAACGAAAGAGGGAUGCCUUCAUGGAUCACCUGAAGAGUAAAUACCAACAGCAGCAGCAACAGCAGCAGCAGCAGCAGCAGCUGCAGCAUCCCCAUCAUAGCCCCCACCACAACCCACCAUCACCCUCACCCUCUCACACCAGCACGAGGGGCUCAUCAGAAAGAUCUGCUAGAGAACAGCAACAACCCAACUACUGGAGCUUUAAGAGCCGCAGUCCACGGCAUUCCCAGUCUACGCAGUCCGGACUCGCUGACCAAGCUGCCAAGCUUUCCUUUGCCUCCGCUGAAUCCCUGGAGACCAUGUCAGAAGCGGACAUGCCCCUUGGGUUCAACCGGAUGAACCGAUUCCGCCAGAGCCUGCCGCUGUCUCGUUGUGGCAGUCAGAAUAAGCUACGAUCUCCAGAUGAAUUUUCAGGCGUGCUUUUUCUGCAGUAUGGAGAUGAGACACGGCGAGUUCACAUCACCCACGAGCUUAGCAGCAUGGACACCCUGCACGCUCUCAUCGUACACAUGUUCCCUCAGAAGUUGACAGCGGGGAUGCUGAAGUCGGCCAACACUGCGAUCCUGAUCAAAGAUGAGGCCCGAAACGUCUUCUAUGAGCUGGAGGACGUCCGGGACAUUCAGGACCGUAGCAUUAUCAAGAUUUACCGCAAAGAGCCCAUCUAUGCUUCUUACCCUGCAGCUGCACACCUGGCUAAUGGAGACCUGCGGAGAGAAAUGGUUUAUUCGUCUAGGGAAUCUUCGCCAACACGUCGCCUCAACACCCUUCCUUCCUCUUCAACCUCGGCACCCUCGGGUUCUCCGUCCCGCUCUCGCCUCUCGUACAGCGGGGGUCGUACUCCCUCCUUCUCUGGCAACCAUCCCCAGCAGGAACAGCCUAGACAUCCCCACCAUCCUCCUGGUAGCCACGGUGCCAACAUGGGUCUGUCUCCAUCACCCAGUGCCAUCUUGGAGCGCCGUGAUGUCAAGCCUGACGAAGAAGUUUCUGCAAAAAAGCUGGCUCUGAUGAAAAAUGAGGCACUGUAUGCGGAUCCCUACAGUUUGAUGAAUGAGGGUCGCCUUAGCAUUGCCUCCACCCAGUCUUUGGCUGCUAUUGGAGACCCUUUCAGCUACCCUGUUACCACUGGCCUGUACCGGCGAGGGUCUGUUCGCUCUCUCAGCACCUACUCUGCUGCUGCUCUUCAGGGAGACGUGGAGGACUCAUUCUACAAGCCUGGAGGUUCACUAUACUCUGACACGUACUCCUCUGCAACCCUGGGAAUGGGGUUUCGAAUGCCGCCCUUGUCCCCACAAAAAAUCCCUGACAUGCAGCUGAGGGACAGGGAUUCGUAUUCCACUUCACCACGGCCCUCACCUGUCAGGCAGACUUUCCGGAAAGACUCUGCUUCCUCGUCUGUGUUUGUGGACAGUCCAAAGUCAAGGCCCAGCUCCAGUUCAGAGCCUGGAUUUGGUCCUUCUUUAUCUGGACAAGAUGCAGACACAAGCAGGGACCACCGUCUGGAGCGUAUGGAGGCUAUGGAGAAGCAAAUAGCCAGCCUGACUGGCCUCGUGCAGAGUGUACUGACCAGGGCACCAGACAGCGACAGCACAUGUGGCCUACUGCGUCUCUGCAUGAUGGCGGGCUGCCCUCCGGACCAAGGGACGGAGUUUUCACGGCCAUUACCUUUCUCUUCCAGCGAGAAGACCGAAACUAACAGUGACGGCUCUGCCACUGGAACUGGACGCCAGAAGAAGAAAGCAGCCAAUACACCGUCAGCGCCUUUAGCUCUGAUGCCACCACCGCCCUCUAACACAACCCUGGUGAAUGGUGUUGGUCGCCUGCAGAUGAAACUCCAUCUGCACGGUUUGCAGCAAAACGCCACCGACCUCCGCAAACAGCUUGGUCAGCUUCGCAAGAUACAGAUGGAGAACCAGGAUUCAGUGCGAACUCUGCUGAAACGAACAGAGGCUGAGCUGAAUAUACGCGUAGCAGACGCUCUGAGGAAGCAGGAGGAUCCUUUGCAAAGACAGCGCCUCCUUGUGGAGGAGGAAAGACUCAAGUACCUCAAUGAAGAAGAACUCAUCAUACAGCAGCUCCAUGACCUGGAGAAAUCAGUGGAGGAGAUCCAGAAGGAGUCGUCUGUCAACCACAAGCUGGUGACGGUGCAGGAGCUGGAGGAGAAGGCUACAGUUUUGAGAAAGCUGGGAGAAACACUCACAGAGCUCAAAAAUCAGUUCCCGAGCCUGCAGAGCAAGAUGCGAGUGGUGCUGCGGGUGGAGGUAGAAGCUGUGAAAUUCCUCAAAGAAGAACCACACAGACUCGAUGCCCUGUUAAAACGCUGCAAGACUAUAACUGACACCCUCACCUUGAUGCGCAAGCAAGCAAAUGAAGGGGUUUGGAAAAAGCAGGACAACUUCUCUAGCCCUUCAUCAAAGCACAAUGACGACUUGCAAACAUUUUCAGGAUUUGACAUCCCCACUAGCCCACCCCUAACUAUCAAUGACAUUGGAGGAGGCAACAGCCUGUCUAACUGGAGCCCUCACUCCAGCCUCAGCCGUGGUCUCGGAAACCCGUCCGGUCCUCACAAGGACAAUCAUCCUCCUAUUCCCCACAAAGGCAAAGCCCUAGAGGAGCUGGAGCGGCGCGCUGCCGCCGACAAAGCUUUGUCAAUGGAAGUCCGACUGGCGGCAGAGCGGGACUGGGAGGAAAAGCGUGCCAGUCUUACACAGUACAGUGCUCAGGACAUCAACCGUCUGCUGGAGGAGACCCAAGCCGAGUUGAUGAAGGCUAUUCCAGACCUGGACUUUGCUGCCAAGCAGAUCAAGCCCUCCUCCAACACAUCAUCAGCCCAGAACCCUCAAAGUGGGGUGUCAACAACAGAGCAUCGCUCUAGCAAGCCACAAAACAAGUUUUCAGCAAAGGAGGGGGGGUCCAGGCGUGGUUCUGAUGAGCUGACAGUACCAAGGUAUCGCACAGAAAAACCCUCCAAGUCUCCUCCUCCUCCUCCACCUAGACGUAGUUUUCCAUCGUCUCCAGGAGUGACUUCUCGCAGUGGAGAGCCAUUAAUUCCUGGAAAAAGCAUAAAGAAAUCAGAAUCUGAAGAGAAUGACACCCAAAAGCCUCACAUAAAACUGAGGAGGACCAUGUCCGAAAACCCCCGCCCUGCAUCCACACCCCCAACGUUGGCCUCAAGAGAGAAGGAGCAAGAAGAGGAAGAAAAAAUUGCUGCUGAACUCGAGGGAGGGAAUAAUCCCACCGUUGGUAAAGUUCAUUCCUCGGCUGCCUUGAAGCUGAAGCACCUGCAGCAGAACAGCACAGAGAAGACUAAAAGUGGCAAGAAAGAGGACCUACAAAAGAUGCAGAGCCUGCACCAGCAGUGAGCGACCUGUCCCCGUCCAGCCUCUUCAGCUUCCUCCUCCUCCUGUUCACGUGACUACAGAGAUGCACUCUUAUCUGCCCAUUUUACUUAACCAGCUCCAUUAACAUCUCUAGUAUUCAGUCCAAAGUUAUGCUUCUAGAUUUUAGGACUUUUAAAAUUUUUCAUAAUUUCCCACUUCAACCCCUGAAAACCUCAUUUCUUUGCGCUCCUCCUCCAUCCCCUUCUGUCUUCUGUGUCCCUGCUCUACUCCAAGGCCUUGAGGAUCAACAGCGCUGGAACCACUGAACCAUACCUGUCUGGACUGAAAGCGAGCAUUUUUUUCGGCCAAAUGCCUUCUCCUGCAGCAGCUUUUGCACCUGGCUUGAGAAUGUCGCCCCAUGAGGGGACUGUCCCCUCCCUGACAGUUUCCUCCAGCCAAGCAAAGGCCCUCUUGGCAAACCUGUCAGCCUCUGGCCUGUGCACGGAGGCCCUGCUCCUGUCCUCUGCUCUACGCCAACGCCGCCUUCUCCGGGAGCAGAGAGCAUCAUCCUCUCUUCCCAGCAGCCUGUCCUCCACCCCCACAUCCUCCUCUUCACCCACAACCCCUACUCCAUCCCUUUCUCCCUCCUCUCCCACGCCUCUUGGUUCCUUUACCUUGUCCUCUGGGAUUGUCAAACUCACCAGACGAAGACUUGACAGCCCCCAACAACUCAGCAACUGUAAGGAUGGUGACAACUCUUAAUAAUGAGUAAUGUUGGGGGGAGGACAUGUUAGAAUACAAUUCUAAAAUCAUCUUGUCUCUGAGCAAGAAUAGAUAAAUCUUUUUUUACUGAUAUUUUCUUUCAGGAUUCCUUUUAUCCAUCUUUUCUUCUUUUUGGAUACUUCAUAAUUUCACUCAGUUUUCUUCUUGGAUAAGUUUCCAUCUCUCAUCUGGUUCCACGGUCUCCCACACAGUCCUACUGCCAGAAUUCCAAAUAGAGUGCACACAAACAGGCCAGGCCUCCCAUUUCCACCAGCUGUCUGCUACAAGGUUGGUGUUGUCUGACAUGUUCUCGUUUAGUGGGCUGUUAGUGGUAUAGUUACCAUAUCUAGACUGUGACUAUGAAAGUAGAGUUGCAAUAAUCACCAAAUUAUAGUUGUAUAUGUUUAGGAUGAUGUUGCUCUUUCGUACCUGCAUAACCUGGCAGAAGAAGUCUGCUGUGAAAAUAAGAAAAAAAGACAAACGCGAUGAAUGUGGUUUUAAGGUGUCUUGUGCAAAAAGGGAAUUCUUUAAUUUUGUUACAUCAACCAAGAUUUAGACUUCAAAUCGGUGCUAUAAUUUCCCCUUUGUUUGUACACACUGAGAGUUUACAUGAUUGUUCUCCCUCCGCUGCACAUUCCUUUGGGUUCUAAUUUAAUGCUGCAUUUGAAGUUUUGUAUGUGUCUCUGCAAAUGAAACCCUUGCAUCUAUUAUUGUUAACAUGUCUAGGAUGUUUAUUCUGAGGGGAACAAGGAUAUUGCAGCAUUAUCAAUGAAAGCACACUGUAACGAGCAGCCAUGAAUCUUCACAUCUCUGUUUGAUAUAGAAUGAGGAGGCCAAGUUACACUAAAAGAGGGGAAACUGCAAAGGAGGGUCGGUAUUACCCAUGUGGAUUUACUGUAUGUGUGUUGUAACUAGUUGUUUAUGACAAUCAGGAUGUUUUCACUGUAGCAUCUCGCAGGUUGUUCUGACACCUGACAUCAAAACCCAUUCCAAAGACUCAAGCACAUGCUUGUAACGUUAAGCUGUACAGCACAGACAUAAUCUGUUUCUUUAUCUUUAAUAUUAUACAAUGAUAUAUUUUAUGCUGCCCCUCAGGUGAAAUUGAUCACACUGACCCCACAUUUCACCCAAAAAGAAUGAUUUCCUUUUGAUAUUGUUGCUUCAAGAUUAUAUGGUAAAAAAUUUCCAGAUUUUAUCAUAGUUUGUACAUUAUCUUUGACUAUAAUGAACAGAUGGCACUAAAUUACUGUUUGAAAUAUAUAUAUAUAUAAAAGAACAAACUUUUAAUUAGCACAGGUUUAGAUAUCAUAUUGCUUGGCCCUUGUGAGGAAAUCAGGGCGGAUCAUAAAAAUAUAAAGAAAGCACAGUUUCUUCUCAAAAUACAAGAUCCCUCUUUAUUAGCUUAGUUAUUAAAUAGUUGAGGAGGCUAUAACAUUUUCAUUUAUUACAAUUUUGUGCAAUGACAAAAUAGAAAUAAGAAUCUACAAUUAUUUUUGCUCAUUUAAGGUAUGGGUGUCGGAGUUUUUCAAACUAGCAUUCAGACUCAGUAGAAGACUGGGGGACCAUCACUGCACAGGCUGUGAUAUAUUUGUACAUGUUAUAGUACACUGAUAAAAAGGUAUCAUUGAUGCUCAACUAUAUACAGGUGCAUCCCAUUGAAUUAGAAUAUUAUGUUAGCUUAAUUUAUUCCAUUAAUUCAAUUCAAGGAGUGAAACUCAUAUAGACACAUUAUGCAGUGUCUGUUGGUCUUGGUCCACUGUGUAGUUAUCAAGUCCAAAGCCAGCUCAGCCAUCCACUGUACCAGGACAUUUUUUUUAUUAGCCAUAGCCAUACACAUCAAGAUUAAACAGAACUAUACACUUGAAAAAUAUGACCUUGUUUUCCAAUAAAUCUACAUAAUAUGCGUUUCACUUCUUAAAUUGAAUUACCAAAAUAUAUUAACUUUUCCAUAAUAUUUUAAUUUGAGAUGUGUCUGUAUAUACUGAUUUUAGACGUUUGCAGGUUGAUGCUUUCAAAGCAUGCUGAUGAAGUAAAGGAGUCCUGUUGCUAAAUUGGUUUGUUGCAGUCUGACAAAAAACUGUUUAGUUGCUGCAGUAUUUUCAUUACAAUAAAUCAUUAUCCAAACGCUUAAAAAGUGUUUGUCAGAGAACCUAUAUUAGUUCCACAAAAGAUUACUACAUAAAUAUAGCUAAUAUCUUCAAACAAUUUAAAACUCAAAUUAUUUGAAAAUUCAAUAAUUAUGACCAUUUACUUUUUGUUCUGGCUCAGCAUUUUUUGGCAACCAGGGUUAAAAUGUCCCCUUAUGAACUGGAUUAACGUUGAUGAGCACAAAUCUAUAAAUUACACACGUUCUCGUAGUUUUAUCAAUCCAGUUUUGACUUUCAUUAUUACGGGCCGCUGGUGUUUCUCUAACAGCUGUUUGAUUAUUUACAUCAUAUCACAGUGGGGGAGUUUAUUUUUAAGUGUAGAUCCUUCAUAAUGAACCAUUCUGGGGUUGCAUGUCUUCUGUGUCUGGCUGGAAUCUGCCUUGUUGUAUGUUGACAAGGUUAAACGAACAGUUACACUUCUCUGCUGUUCUCCAGAAUGACUAAAAGAAACGGAUUAACAAGUGCAAAAGAGGCUCGUGUCAGAGAGCAGGCGGCGUGAGGAGCAAGGAUUAGUUUGAGCACAUGAGUUUGAAGGCUACUUUAAUAAGGCUAGCUUUGACUCGCCCAAUCUCCAUGGAUAGAGCUGGAGUGAAAGGAUGAGUCUGACAGUCAGAGACACUAAUCAGCUGCUUGUUCCCCUUUGCUUUCGGUUUGCAUUGUCUUCAUGUGUGCGGUCUGUUAAAACUAUUUUACUUAAGGUUAAGAUAGGAUGAUUUUUGAUGAGGUUCAGUUCUGAACAUGUGCAAUAUGUAUUUGGUACUCUCACUCUUCUACCAAGGGAUUCCUCUUUGCCUUUGCCAUACUUAUGCCUGAUUGUCUCCAAGGACCUGCAAAGUUUUUUUUUUCCUAGUGCCUGAAUGAUCUUGUAAUUAAAAAUUAUAUCAGCAACACUGACAGAAUAACACUUUCGUGUUUUUUACCAAGUUUCAGAGUACAGACUAGAAAGUCGCUUGAGCUUUGACGGUGAAAAUCUGUAAUAUCACAGCCUCAUACUUAGUGCAUUCUGGAUCUGCAAGGCAGAUUCAGUCAAAUGAAAGAAAUCCUCAAAGCUGUAACAUUUCAAGAUAAAUUUACAGUUUGUGCAUUUAGUGAGCAGCAAGGAGGAAGUAUGUGGUAGUUUAGCCUAAGUGAAAUCAGAGAGCUGUAUUAAAAUGCCACCUGGACUUUUUUAUCACAAAACAAGUGUUAGUGGGCUGUGAUUUUAACAUGCUUGGGGGGCUUCAAGCAUGUUAAGCACACUCUGGCAAUCAGAAAAACCCAUGCAAACUUGAAACUAGACAUAGGAGAAAUAUACAGAUAUAAAUAUAUCUAAGUGAGAUGUUUGUGUAUGAUAUAAUUGUGAAACAAUUUGAAUAUAUAUAUAAAUAUGUAGGUCUAGAUUAAAUUCAAUACUGUAAAUGUCCUCAUCUCUUCUGAUUUAUAUAUUAGUGACCAUUUUGUACAGAAUUUUCUUUUUUAAUUCAUUCAAAGAGAUAUUACAUUUCACUCUGAGAUUAUUUAUUCAUAUGCGGAACAUUUUGAUAUAAUUUAAAAUAUCUGUGUAGAUAAGUAUUAGGUUCUGUAAUAUAUUUUGAAGUUAAUUUUGAAAUUCUAGGGUUUUCUUUACAAAUAAUGAGUUGAACUUUAUGUAAUUAUAACGAUUUAAAAAGCUUUUCCCUGAAAAUGCUCGUCCAGCUUGUUUGCACCUUUGGCUCCUAAAGUUAAAGUGUAAGAGGCUAGACUAGUGCCUGUUAGUAGGGGCUUAUUUUGCUACUAUCUAUUUGUUUAGGCCUGGGUUAUUUUUUAUGUGUUUAUUCUUUUUUCUCACCUUACUCUGCCAUUCUGUAUUUUUGUGAUCUAAAUGGUAUUAGUGACACUGGAGAUGGUCGGAAACACAGAAGAUGUAGUACUUACUGUGACAUGAGUCCAAAGGCUUCACAUGAGGCCUCACUGUUUUGUCUAAAGGAAAGUACUUGGCUUUAUCUAUUUCGCCUGUUUUAUUUGUUUGCAUGUGAACUGAGAUGGCAGGAAUGUGGAUAAAAAGGUUCAGACUAUAAGUGUACAUUUUGUUGCUUAUACUCCUCCAGUUUGUGACUUUAAGUAGCGUUUACGCUAAACUAUCAAAAUGAUAAAAGAUGAACUUAUUAGGGAAUCAUGCGAAGAUGUAUGAAGUCUUUGAUUUUGCCAUUGUAUUUUUUUUCCAUAUACUCAACCUACAUUCUGUAGUAUGUAUAUGAGAUUUUUACUUGAAUGUGUGGAUGUUCAAAAAUCUUGGCAUCAAAAAUAUAUUUAAAAAAUUUAAUUGACUUGUAAAUAGGUUGAGUCAUAGAGAGUUUACCGAAUUAUGUCCAAAAGAAAAUGUUUUAUUAAUAAACUAUGAUGAUGGGUACAAAGGUAUAUACAAAAACAAUGCAUGUAUAGUCUCAAGCAAAUGCACGGUGCAGUCUAGAGAAAAAAAAAAGUUACGUACAUGUUUUUUCACAGUUAUAAGAAAGAGUCGGAGAAGUGGGUAUAUAUGUUCAAGAUUUACAAACAAGAACGAUACGUUAUUUUAGUAUCUGUGACACGGGCAUGUUCAGUCUUACUGUGAAGUUACGUGAAGAUAAUGAUAGUGGUUGGAAGCGUUUAACGUCCAGGGAUCUGAAGGCCCGAACGCACCCCAACAUAAGAAAUCAGCUUGAUUCUCCCAUUUGUAGAGUAGUGUGACAUAAGAAUAAAAAUAACUACAGAAAACAGAUCAAUUAUAUGAGAUAUAUAAAAUUGAAAUGCCUACUGAUACUGGAGAUAAUUUAUCAGCGUGGAUGCCAUGAUGUUCUGUGAGAAAUGUGUGUUUUAUUUUCCGUGAGAAGACAGCAGGCAACCCGUACCUGCCUUCUUUUGUACAUUAUUUGCUGUGAUUGUGUGUCCAAUAAAGUUCAGCCCUCUUGUACAGUCUGA